UCCCCUAUUAGGAUUUCUCAUCAUUCUGGAAUAACAAUGGUGGAUUACGAGGUGACCGUCUACACUGGCGACCGACUUAACUCCACCACCUUGAACCCUGUGCACAUUAAGCUGGUGGGCACAGAUGGCGAGAGUGAGCGCACGUGGCUGAGGUCUUUGGUCAUCUUUAGCGGAUCAGUGUCGACUUAUUUUGUUUCCUGCCCAAACUCCCUUGGACAGCUGGUUCUGAUAGAACUAGACAAACGACAAUUCUUCCUUUUGCCCGAUGAUGCUUGGUUCCCUGACAAAGUGGAAAUCAAAUCACCAGAGAGAGACAUCUACACCUUUCCCAUCUAUUGCUGGAUCAAUGACAGUGAGACUCACCGCUUCAGAGAAGGAAAAGCUCUGAGGAUCUUCGAUGAAAGCAACACUUUUGGUCAGCACGCGAGGAAGCAGGAGCUGAGCCAGCGAAGUUUAGACUAUGGCUGGAAUUUGUAUUACUCGGGCAUGCCCUACACCAUUAAGGCAGAUGGUCCUACUAGCCUGCCAAAUGAGCUCCAGUUCUCCUUUACCAAGAUGACAGAGUUUGCAUUCACAACAGUCACAGGGUUGGCUGAGCUUCAGCUUAAGGGGCUGGAUGACAACCGGGAAAAUUGGGAAAGUCUUGACAAUAUCAACGAAAUGUUGCGUUUCAAAGGCACCCUCGUUUCAGAUUACGUCCAGGAACACUGGAAGGAGGAUGGUUUAUUUGCAUACCAGUUUCUAAAUGGCGUCCAUCCCACCUUGAUUCAACGUUGCAAGACUCUACCCAAGAACUUCCCUGUGACUGAUGACAUGGUCUUCAUCCCUGAUGGCUCAAACUUGUCUACGGAGUUGAAGGAAGGUAACAUAUACCUGUGUGACUACAAGAACCUGGAUGGAUUUCCUGCAAACACUAUCCAAGGGAUUCAACAGUACUUGAUGGCGCCCCUCGUAUUGCUUCACAAAAGACCUGACGACAAGCUGAUGCCUAUUGCCAUCCAGCUGAAGCAGACUCCAGCUGACGACAACCCCAUCUUUCUCCCAACUGACUCUACGUACGACUGGCUGACAGCUAAGAUUUUUGUGAGAAGUGCCGAUUUCUCAGAGCACCAAAUCAACGCGCACUUGCUGCGCACUCACCUACUGGCAGAGGUCUUUGUGGUGUCACUGCUGCGCAACAUGCCCAUGGUGCAUCCCCUGUACAAGCUCCUCAUACCCCACACUCGCUACACUCUGCAUAUAAAUGAAUUAGGUCGAAUGCGGCUAAUGGGACCCAUCGGAGUCUUCACCAAGUUUGCAGGUUCUGGUGGAGAGACUUUGAUGAAGAUCAUGGCAAGCUCACUGUCCUCGAUAACCUACAGGGUCCUUUGCCUCCCCGACGACAUUGCUGAUCGUGACAUGCAGGACUUGCCAAACUUCCACUACAGGGAUGACGGACUCCAACUGUGGAACAUCAUCUUCAAAUAUGUGCAGGGAGUGAUACAAUACUACUACAAAAACGAUGAUGAGAUCCAGCUGGACUCAGAACUGCAGACUUGGAUGUGGGACAUAUUUAAAUAUGGCUUUCUUUCCCAGCCACAAACAGGAAUCCCUCAGGGCUUCACUACUGUGUCUGAGCUGAUCAAGUUCGCCACCAUGCUGCUGUUCACUAGCUCAUGCCAGCAUGCGGCUGUAAACAGCGGACAGUACGACUAUGGUGGCUGGAUGCCCAACACUCCCGCGACCCUGCAACGUCCUCCCCCCACCGCAAAGGGGACAACAAGUGAGGCCACAAUGCUGCAGACAUUGCCCCCUAUCAAUGUGACUGUUCAGGGAAUGGCCACAGUCUGGCUGCUCAGCAGGCAGACCUCAGACUUUGUCCCCCUCGGACACUAUCCAGAGGACCAUUUCACCGAGGAGAUCCCGCGCCAGCUGCAAAAGGAGUUUAAAGUUGAGCUUGACAGGUUGUCAAUCACAAUCAACAACAGAAACAAAGAUCUGGAAAUUCCUUACACUUACCUGGAUCCAAAGAACGUCGAGAACAGUGUGGCCAUCUAAAGCUCCGAAAGUCACAAUAAAAAGAGAGGAUCCAAUGAAUCAUAAAUGUGUCUUUUAAGCUUAUAGUAUUAUUUAACAUACGGUUUUUAAAGAAAUAGUAACACAGGGAGCCUCCAAAGUUAAACACAAUCUGUUCUGUGAGAGUGGUUAACUUCCAAGUUGAUCUAAUUUCUAAAUAAAUUUUCCUGGGGUAAUAAUAUAAUAUGAAAUCAGUUAAUUUUGGGCUCUCAUAAAACCUGUAUUAACUGUACAGGCACCAUUUUAAGUAACAUAACAUGUUGUCAUAUAUGUAAAGAGAUGUUAAAAAAAUUUAACUAAAAUGAAGUCAAACUAAAUAUAAUAAAUAUAUAAAUAAAUAGGGGGUGACAAGACACUGGUGGUAGAGUUGGCAUCGCCCAACCUUGAUUGCAGGUACAAUCCUGAGCCCUUGUGACAAUGUUGAAGUGUCCUUGAGCAAGACUGAACCCAAAGUUGCUUCUGAUGCUGCAUCGUCAGUAGAUGAAUGAGGAGACAAUGUUAAAGCGCUUUCAGUACCUUUUAAGUAGAAAGGUGCUAUUAGCCCAUUUACCAUUUAAGAUACCUAAAAGACACAAAAUGGAGAGGGAACUCUACCUUUGUCAAUUCCAUUGCAUGUUCUUGUACCCUUCUGUGUCUUCUUCUUCUUCUUUUCCUUUCGGCUUGUCCCGUUAGGGGUCAGCACUGCGCGUCAUCCUUUUCCAUGUAAGCCUAUCUCCUACAUCCUCCUCUCUAACACCAAUUGCCCUCAUGUCUUCCCUCACGACAUCCAUCAACCUUUUCUUUGGUCUUCCUCUAGCUCUCUUGCCUGGCAGCUCCAUCCUCAUCAUCCUUCUACCAAUAUACUCACUAUCUCUCCUCUGGACAUGUCCAAACCAUUGAAGUCUGCUCUCUCUAACUUUGUCUCCAAAACAUCUAACCUUGGCUUUCCCUCUGAUGAGCUAAUUUCUAAGUUUAUCCAACUUGGUCACUCCUAGAGCGAACCUCAACAUUUUCAUUUCCGCCACCUCUAGCUCUGCUUCCUGUUGUCUCUUCAGUGCCACUGUCUCUAAUCCGUACAUCAUUGCUGGCCUCACCACUGUCUUAUAAACUUUGCCCUUCAUCCUAACAGAGACUCUUCUGUCACAUAACACACCUGACACCUUCCUCCACCUAAUCCAACCUGCUUGGAACCGUUUCUUCACUUCCUUACCACACGCACCAUUGCGCUGGACUGUUGACUCCAAGUAUUUAAAGUCCUCCACCCUUGCAAUCUCUUCUCCCUGUGGCCUCACUCUCCCCCCUCCACCCCUCUCAUUCAUGCACAUAUAUUCUGCCAUACUUCAGCGAAUCUUCAUUCCUCUCCUUUCCAGUGCAUGUCUCCAUCUUUUUAACUGUUCCUCCACCUUCUCCCUGCUUUCACUGCAGAUUACAAUGUAAUCAUGCAAACAUCAAGGUCCACGGGGAUUCCAGUCUAACCGCAUCUGUCAGCCUAUCCAUCACCACUGCAAACAGGAAGGGGCUCAGGGCUGAUCCCUGAGGCAGUCCCACCUCCACCUUAGACCUACACACACACCUACAGCACACCUCACCGCUGUUCUGCUACCCUCAAACAUGUCAUGUACGAUUCUAACAUACUUCUCUGUUAUUCCAGACUUCUGCAUGCAGUACCACAGAUCCUCUCUGGGUACUCUGUCAUCGGCUUUCUCCAGAUCUACAGACACACAAUGUAGCUCCUUCUGACCAUCUCUGUACUUUUCCAUCUACACCCUCAAGGCAAAUAAUGCAUCUGUAGUACACUUUCUAGGCUUGAAACCAUACUGUUGCUCGCAAAUACUCACUUCUGUCCUGAGUCAAGCCUCCACUACUCUUUCCCAAAACUUCAUUGUGUGGCUCAUCAAUUUUAUUCCUCUAUAGUUCCCACAGCUCUGCACAUCACCCUUGUUCUUAAAAAUGGGCACCAGCACACCUUUCCUCCAUUCCUCAGCCAUCUUCUCAUCCACUAGAAUUCUGUUAAAUAAGAUGGUCAAAGAUUCCACAGCCACCUCUCCUAGAUGCUUCCACACCUCCACAGAAAUGUCAUCAGGACCAACUGCCUUUCCAUUUUUCAUCCUCUUUAAUGCCUUUCGAACUUCACCCUUAUUAAUCAUUGGCACUUUCUGGUCCACCACACUUGCCCCUUCUCCUCUUCCUUCUCUCUCAUUUUCCUCAUUCAUCAACUGCUCAAAUUAUUCUUUCCAUCUAUCCAGCACACAACUGGCACCAGUCAACACAUUUCCAUCUCUAUCCUCAAUCAUCCUAACCUGCUGCACAUACUUCCCAUCUCUAUCCCUCUGUCUGGCCAGCCUUUAUAGAUAAUUUUCUCCUUCUUUAGUGUCCAAUCUGGCCAUACAUGUCAUCAUAUGCCUCUUGUUUGGCCUUUGCCACCUCUACCUUUGAACUAGGUCGCAUCUCAAUGUGUUCCUUUCACCUCUCCUUGGUCCUCUCAGUGUCCCACUUCUUCUUAGCUAACCUCUUUCCUUGUAUGAUUUCCUGUACUGUGAGGUUCCACCCCCAAAUCUCCUUCUCUCCUUUCCUGCCAGAAGAUACACCAAGUACUCUCCUGCCUGCCUCUCUGAUCACAUUGGCUGCAGUAGUCCAGUCUUCUGGAAGCUCCUCCUGUCCACCGAGUGCCUAUCUCACCUCUUUCCAAAAAGCCGCACAACACUCUUCCACUCUUACAGGACAAGGUCAAAUUAAGGUAGUCAUGAUUUUGAUGUGAUUUGAGCGAUUCUGUACCAAACUUUGGCGGGCCAGAUUGAAAUGAUCAACGGACCGGAUGUGGCCCACGGCCGUAGUUUCCCCACCCCUGAUCUACACCAUGGUAAAAUAAUUUAAACCCUAAUCCUAAACUUCUAGCCUUACUGGCUUUCCACCUGGUCUCCUGGACACACAAUAUAUCAACCUUUCUCCUAAUCAUGUCAACCAACUCCCGAGAUUUUCCUGUCAACAUUCAAGGUCCCCACAUUCAAUUCUAAUUAAAUUCUUGGGACUGGCCUACAGUUUGCACUGGCUUAUACCCCCAUAGGGCUGCAUUCUUGUCCCCUUCUGUGUGGUAUCAGAGGAAAAAAAUAAAAAAAAAGAAAGUACAAAACACUUGAAGUUAAUCCUUUUGAUGCUCAAUGAGCGAACUAAAGUUAGGCAUGAUUUGCUAACAUCUUACUUGGAAAUUUUCUGGACAAUUUUGGUUGAUCUUUAAAUUGAGCCACUUACGAGUCAUUUGACUUUAGACUUUAAAUUGAGCAACUCACUUUGGAGGUUCCACUGAAUGUGCGAUUUGGCUUUUAUACUGCAGCUACUGUGAGUAACAUGCUCACGACUAGAGUAGAAUACUGGCUACAUAUUAAAAUUUGUCAGUCAAAAAUAUUUUAUUUCCAUUUUGCACUGUGCCAACUCCAAUUGCUUUUACGGUUAAGGGAGUGUAGUGAAGCCGAGUAUUAAUUGAACAAUGUAUGUUUGGAUAGUAUGCAAAUAAAAGUUUGAAUAUCUCAA